AGUUUUUUAAUUGAGAUCUUUCAUGUUUGACUCUAAAUUUUUUCCUAAUUACAAUCUACCAAUUUUUGAAUGAAAACGUCUAUGGAUAUAUUUUGUUAUUGAAAUGGUCGUAUGACGCGUGGCCCUUUCUACGAAGGGCCACAAAGAGGAGAGGACAAUGGACGAAGAAGAGAAGAAGGAGGCCAGUUCUCUUUCAAGCAACGACUCCACGCCCAUCGUUUCACGCGACAAUGGCCACUGUCCGGCGACAAAGGCUAAACAGCCAAAAUAUUGGCGAAAAUCCUACUGUUCCCGUCCAUGGUUCGCAAAGGAUGCGAAGAAAGGGGAGAGGACCAAACGGUCACGUUUCAGCCGCAACGUGGACCGCCAGCAAGGAAUCAAGAAGGUGGUGGUCCUCGAGGAUCUCGAGGACUUCCGCUCCAUUUCUGACGCGCCCACGCGGCAACCCAACAGCCUCUCGACAAUACCGAAUCUCGUUUCCAUUGGUCCGCUUUUUACUCGGCAUAUAAGCAACCACAAUGAGAGGGGCGAUAAUUUGUUCGACACCUCGGUAGAAGGCUUUACCACCCGCGGUAAGAGUCUGUCAUGCUUCGUUAAACACGAAGGACCGACGGUGUAAACAGUAAAUCGCAUCCCGCUGAGGGGCACUAGUUUCCGCUUUUCAACGAUGCUAUUCGUUAUUCGGUCGUUACUCGGGCCAGCGCCUUUUUGAGGGCACUCGAUGGCCAGGGAGUGUGCCCUG